AUGGCUGCCGAUUAUCAGCGGCACGAGUACACGACGGCUUAUCAGCCCAAGCACCAGGACUACACGACCAAGCACAUGGAGUACACCACAGCUUACGAGGCACCCAAGAAGGCUUACACGACCGCGUACGUCGCACCCAAGCAGGAGUACACCACGGCUUACGAGGCACCCAAGCAGGAGUACACGACCAAGCACAUGGAGUACACCACAGCUUACGAGGCACCCAAGCACCAGGAGUACACCACGGCUUACGAGGCACCCAAGCAGGAGUACACCACGGCUUAUGAGGCACCCAAGAAGGCUUACACCACUGCCUACGUCGCACCCAAGCAGGAGUACACCACCAAGCACCAGGAGUACACCACUGCCUACGAGGCACCAAAGCACCAGGAGUACACCACCAAGCCCGCCUACCCACGCUACACCCAGCACCAGGAGUACACCACACGCCCCGUCUACACCACGCAGCCACCCGUCUACACCACACAGCCACCCGUGUACACCACAGAGGCCGUGUACACCACACGCCCCGUGUACACCACCAAGCCACCAGUCUACACCACCAAGCCACCCGUGUACACGACCAAGCACCAGGAGUACACGACGGCCUACGAGGCGCCCAAGAACGAGUACACGACGAAGAACGACUACGCCUACGCCGACAACAACUCUGGCGCCUCUGGUGCUGGUGAUGCCGCUGCAGGCCUCUCUGCGGGCGCCAUUGCCGGCAUUGUGGUUGGCGCGCUGCUGCUUGUCGGCGCCGUUGUUGGUGGCGUCUUCUUCGCCAAGCACCGCGCCAACGCCUCUUCCUCCUCCUCCGCCGCCGUCGAGUCCGUCUAAGCAGCAGCAGUAGCAGCAGCAGCUGACAGCAGAGGCAUCACCAGCAGCAGCGACAGAGGCAGUGCCGGCUGCUGCUUUGCUCUCUGUGACGACGACGACGAUGACGAUGACGGGAUGAUGACCAUGCUUGCUUGCUUGCUUGUUGCACCAUUUUGUUCAUCUGCGUUUCUUUUCAUUCACCUGUCUGUUUGACCUCCUAACACCACCACCCCUCCUUCCUUGCUUUGCUGUCCUGCUGUGCCAGCCAUGACGGGUGUUGUUUUUGUUUACAUAUAUUCACCUCCCUACCGCAAAACACUUGGAUGUCUGCUUAACCCCCCUGCUGUUGUGAGGCGUUGUCUCUCUGUCCGGUCCUGUCCUGUGUGUGAAAUGAUGAUGGUUGCUGGUCCUGUGUCGCUUCAUGCCUCCAAUAAACGAAACCACAG